CCAGGAGAAGAGCAGAAGCUCCGCCCCCGAUUUUCCCCUCCCACUCGUUGGAUCACCGCUUCUCUCCGCGUGUCUCACUUCGCCCUGGCAGUAUCGGCGCUGGAUCCCUCGGGAAAGGCUUCUGGAUCCCGCUCGGGGCAGGUCUGGCUGCUCCCCCUCCGGUCUUUGGGGCGCCCCUCCCGCCAGGAGAGCUUCCACCCCCCGCCAGGAGAAAGGACGAUCGCGCUGGAUCUCUCGGGAGAGGCUUCUGGAUCCCGCUCGGGGCAAGUCUGGCUGCUCCCCCUCCGGACUUCGGGGCGCCCCUCCCGCCAGGAGAGCUUCCCCCCCCCGCCAGGAGAAAGCAGGAAAACAACUCUGACCAAAGAUUCACCUGCAAGUCACCUUUCAAGAGAUAGUAGAAAAUCAGAGCAAGGCAGCCAGUGCCAGAAAGGAUGGAGCCUGGGAAACUCUCGGAUCCCCCGUCAGACACAAGCAGCACUCCGGAAAACCACAAAAGAACCCAUGAAUGCUCAGAGUGUGGGAAAUCCUUUGCUCACAGGUCCCUCCUUUUGACUGACAGGAAGUUCCAUGUGGGAAGCAGAUCCAGUGAAGGUUUGGAGGGUGAGAAAUCCUUCUCUGGAAAAGACAUGAAAAAUUUCAGAAGCCCCCCCAGACUAAAACCUUAUCAAUGUAAGGAAUGUGACUUAUGCUUUGGUCAAAGGUCAACCCUUCUUAGACAUCAGAAAAUCCACACUGGAGAGAAACCCUAUCAGUGUCUGGAAUGUGGGAUUUUUUUCAAUGAAAAACGCAGUCUCAGAAACCAUGAGAGAAUUCACACAGGGGAGAAACCUUACAAGUGUUGGGAAUGUGGGAGUAGCUUUUCUCGGAGGGCAAUUCUUUUGACCCAUGAGAAGGUUCAUGCAGGAAUAAAAUCUUACAAAUGCUUUGAGUGUGGAAAAUCUUUCACCCGGAAUUCAUCUCUUUGGAAUCAUGCGAAAAUACACAGAGGGGAGAAAAACGAAAAAUGUCCUGAAUGUGGGAAAUGCUUUAUGUCGAAAUCAAGCCUGGUGCAACAUCAGAGAAUUCACACCAGAGAGAGACCCUAUGAAUGCCCAGAAUGUGGGAGACGAUUUAUGUUUCCUUCUGUGUUUUGGAGACACCAGAAGUGGCACAAAGGGGAGAAAUCCUAUCAAUGUGGGGAAUGUGGGAAAGGUUUUCUUACACAAGGAGAGCUUCAGGUUCAUCAGAGGCUCCACACAGGAGAGAAGCCAUACAGAUGCCUAGAAUGUGGGAAAUGUUUUGCUCGAAACGAACAUCUUUGGACACAUCAGAAAACCCACACAGGGGAGAAGCCAUAUCAAUGCUUCGAAUGUGGAAAACGUUUUGCUCAUAAGGGAAACCUUUGGACACAUCAGAAAACCCACACGGGGGAGAAGCCAUAUCAAUGCUUUGAAUGUGGGAAAUGUUUUACUCGAAAGACAACCCUUAAGGGGCAUCAUAAAACCCACACAGGGGAGAAGCCAUAUCAAUGCUUUGAAUGUGGGAAAUGUUUUAUGUGGGAUUCAAACCUAAUCCGACAUCAGAGAAUUCAUACCGGAGAGAGACCCUACGAAUGCGCAGAAUGUGGGAGGCGAUUUAUGUGUUCUCCUCUACUUCAGAGGCACCAGAACGGGCACAAAGGGGAGAAACCCUAUCAAUGUGGGGAAUGUGGGAAAGGUUUUCUUACAAAAAGAGAGCUUCAGCUUCACGAGACAGUCCACACAGGGGAAAGAAAUUACAAAUGUUUAGACUGUGGAAGAGCAUUUACGCAGCCAGGUUCCCUCAAAAAGCACAGCCGAAUCCAUACAGGAGAGAAGCCCUAUAAAUGCUCGGAGUGUGAUAAAUGUUUUUCUCAAAAAAUUACUCUUGUGAUACAUCAGAGAACCCACACUGGAGAAAAACCAUAUAAAUGUCCAGAGUGUGGGCAAUGUUUUGCCCGAACAUCAUCACUUCGCAAGCACAGCAGAAGUCACACGGGGGAGUCGUCUUACAAGUGUGCAGAGUGUGAGAAAACUUUUCAUAGUAAAUCUCAGGUUAAAAGGCAUCAGAAAGUCCAUAGUAGAGAGAAACCCUUUCAGUUGUGAGGAAUGUGGAAAACAUUUUUUGAAACGUCACAUCUUAUAAUUCACCAGGAACUUCACACAGUCCCAGAAGGGAAAUCCUACAGUUUUUUGGUGUGGGGAAACCUUCAUAAUGACGAUGUCAAGACUGCUAACAUCGGAUGUUCUUGCUUGCCAUAUAUGAAGAAGCAAACACGUUUUAUUUAAGCUGCAUAUCACUUCUAGAGUUAAAGUCAGACAAUGUUAGAAUAGCGGGUGGGAAAGUAUGUACUCGGGGGAUAGUUAGCCAAAACAAUAUUUCAGUACAGUAUUGCCAAGGUCAGCUGUAACCAGAGGAGUUACGGGAGGGAAAGUUCACACUUCAAACUAAUUGGAGAACGUGAUUGAUGACUGUGAAAUGAAGGAGUGAGUUAUGCUUUGUUACGGGUGAUUGGGGGUGGGAGGAUUCAGUUUUUGGCUGCAUUAUGUACGUGCCGAAGUUAUGUAGCAAUAAAAGGAUUCUUUAAGGUAAA